CCUUCCUGUGUUUUCAUCUCCAUUGCCACUCCCUGAACUGUCCAGCCUUAAGAUCUUGUGAUGCGCUUACUACUCGGCUCCCCUUACACCUGGUGAAUCCCUCUUGUCCUUUGGGAUUCUCCAUGAAACCUUCCUUAGUCCUCACAGGCAGACAUUGUCCCUGCUCUCAUGCAUCAGACAUUAAUCACUCCUGUCUGCUACGAGGAACUGGAUUUGAACUUGAACCUACCGUCUGAAAGGCGCCUUCCCAUAGAAGGCAGAAUGUGGGAGAGAAAUUCACAUGGAAAGCAGACUGAGAGUGGUCUCUAGUGCCUACUGGAUAUUUGCUGAAUGAAAGAUUAUUUUUAUUGACGUUAACUGGAAAGAUCCUGAGACACGAUGAGGCGAGUGGUACGACAGAGCAAGUUUCGCCAUGUAUUUGGACAGGCGGUGAAAAAUGACCAGUGUUACGAUGAUAUCCGGGUUUCUCGAGUGACCUGGGAUAGUUCCUUUUGUGCUGUCAAUCCCAGAUUCGUUGCCAUAAUCAUAGAAGCGAGUGGGGGAGGAGCGUUCCUUGUACUCCCUUUGCACAAGACUGGUCGAAUUGACAAAUCCUACCCCACAGUGUGUGGUCACACAGGACCAGUGCUGGACAUAGACUGGUGCCCACAUAACGAUCAGGUCAUUGCCAGCGGCUCAGAGGACUGCACGGUUAUGGUAUGGCAGAUCCCAGAAAACGGACUCACCCUUUCCCUGACUGAGCCCGUGGUCAUUUUAGAAGGCCACUCAAAGAGAGUCGGCAUCGUGGCCUGGCACCCGACGGCCCGCAACGUGCUUCUCAGUGCAGGCUGUGAUAACACCAUCAUCAUCUGGAACGUGGGGACGGGGGAAGCCCUUUUAAACCUGGACGAUAUACAUUCGGACAUGAUUUACAAUGUGAGCUGGAACCGGAACGGCAGUCUGAUCUGCACAGCCUCCAAAGACAAGAAAGUGAGAGUAAUCGAUCCUAGGAAACAGGAGAUUGUUGCUGAGAAGGAGAAAGCACAUGAAGGAGCCCGACCCAUGAGGGCCAUCUUUCUGGCUGACGGCAACGUCUUUACCACUGGUUUCAGCCGCAUGAGCGAGCGGCAGCUGGCCCUCUGGAACCCGAAAAAUAUGGAGGAACCAAUUGCUCUUCAUGAAAUGGACACUAGCAAUGGGGUGUUGCUACCUUUCUAUGACCCUGACACCAGUAUCAUUUACUUAUGUGGAAAGGGUGACAGCAGUAUCCGCUAUUUUGAGAUCACGAACGAAUCCCCGUAUGUCCACUACCUCAACACAUUCAGCAGCAAGGAACCUCAGAGGGGGAUGGGUUACAUGCCCAAGAGGGGACUCGAUGUCAACAAAUGUGAGAUUGCCAGAUUCUUCAAACUUCACGAGAGAAAGUGUGAGCCUAUUAUCAUGACUGUCCCCAGGAAGUCUGACCUUUUCCAGGAUGACCUGUACCCUGACACGGCGGGGCCCGAAGCGGCGCUGGAGGCGGAAGAGUGGUUCGAGGGGAGGAAUGCAGAUCCACUCCUCAUCUCCCUGAAGCACGGAUACAUUCCCGGCAAAAACAGGGACCUCAAGGUGGUCAAGAAGAACAUUCUGGACAGCAAGCCCACGGCAAACAAGAAGUGCGACCUGAUCAGCGUCCCCAAGAAGACCGCAGACACGGCCAGCGUGCAAAAUGAAGCCAAAUUGGAUGAGAUUUUGAAAGAGAUCAAAUCUAUAAAAGACACAAUCUGCAAUCAAGAUGAGCGUAUUUCCAAGUUAGAACAGCAGAUGGCAAAGAUAGCAGCCUGAAGGCCCACCCCCACCCCGCAGACGGAGCAGGAACGCGCUCGUGGCUGGUAGUUGGUGUGGUCCCAGGGAGGGCGAGAGGGAGGCACUGCCCCUUGGAGACAUUUCAGAUCUGUCGACCAGCGAUAGGCCACAUUCCAGUAAGGACUCAACUCGUCUCCCAAAUUUGCAGAAACAAAAUGUGGUUUAAAAGCUGAGCUUUUUACCAGAAAGCUUUUUUUGAUGUUUUAAGUGUUAUGUGACUUGUGAACUUCUAAAAGACAAAAGUGCUACUUUGAUAAUCCCAGAUAUUCUGAAUUUUAGAAAACCAACCAAUUCUGAUUCAGUGUCCUGCCCAAGUACCUUUGUUUUUUUUUGUUUUUGGUUUUUUUUUACAAACAGGGACCAAUGCCACAUUGCUUUUUAUAUUUCUUUUUUUUUUUUAAUGUUGCCAAAACCAAAAGUAGCUUUUUUUCUUUGUAUUUUGCUACUUUGCAGUAUUUGUGUGUGGGGUUUUUUUUUCUCCUUAAUUUGAAAGGGACAGCACUGUGUAUGUUUAUAAACUAAAUGAAGAUAUUAUUUUGUAUAAACAUUCAUCUGAGAACAAUCAGAGCAGUAGCCACUCUGUGCUGGCUUCUUUGCAGCACAAACCUGGUCAUCUUAAUGACUGUACAAAAGGAAGACUUGAAAAAUCACGUGGAUUCAUAUUCCCACCCCUCCCUUUCCAUCGAGUCUUCUGAUCAAAAAAAGCUCAUAUCGAAUCGUUUCCUUUCUCUUUUCUAGAAAUUGGGUGGUUGUACCAGAAUGGAACUUUGCUUCUUGGUUAUCCUGUGCUUCAGAUGAUUAUAAUCGAACCUAAACUAGCAUGUGUUUCUGCGGUUUUGUUACACACAUAGAAUCUAUUACCUUCAUCACUUUAACGUCAUGUUCCAGAUUUUGGUCAGUACUUGACAAGGGUGUCCAGGACGAGGAGCCACACGUGCUGUGAGGUGUUCCUUCUUGUCCCUUUCAGCAGCUGGCCUGGCUCCCGAGUACCCUGGGAUGGGGUGAGACAGACUAGGGAACCUGGAGGGAAGCGUUCACCCCACGUGAUCCUCUGCUUUCCCGCGUGUCCCGUGCUGCCCCCUCGCUGUGCUAGACAGGUCCCCCACACCCCUGGAGCUCCUGCCCUUUCUUCUCCCUCCUGUAUGCAGCCCCCUCUCUCAGGGCUCCCUCGGCCAUCCUCCCUUCUCCUGCCUUUCGGUGCUAACUGCAUUCUGCUAAGCUGAGGCCAGAGGGUGCUGUUGACUAUUGAUAUUGAGACUGGGGAGGAGGGUCGAGAAGGAAGCAGACGUCUGCCGUAGCUUUGAUGGUGCAACUGGUCCCUGCGCACCCUCUUCACGAACUCCCCCGCACCCCCCUGCAGCUGCACUGUGGCUGGAUCUGAGCACAGAGACUACCCAGCCCCCGGCCAGACACUGAUCUCCCAUGGCCUGCCCCACUCCUGGGUUAGCUGGGACUUCUCUCCAUUUCCAUUUUCUCAGAGUGCGUGCUUGAGGAACAAGAUUUAAAGAGCCUCUGCUUUGGAAGGGCUGAGGGCCUGUGGUGGAACGGGAAUCGUGUCAAGCAUUAGGACCACGGCGGGGACGCUUGCACGUGCUCUUGCUGGCGUGGGGACGGUUUGGGACUGGCUGGAAGCGUCUGUGCGCAGGGACCCAGGCUGAGGCAGAGCGUGGCGUCGGUGGGUUGGGCUGCAUGGUCAAGCUGUCCUCGUGUCUGAAUAGAGAAGAAGGUACCAUGUUCUUUACCAGUCGUGGGAUUGCCGUCUCCAUGGUGUCAGGGCAUCUGAAUGUUUGGUGUGGUUUUGUGUGCGCGUGCGUGUGUGUUUUAAAUAUUAAAGUGGAUAAUGAGGUGUUAAGAAAACAAUAAUAGUGAUUUAUAUUCAAACCUGUAUGUGUUUCUUUAUCAACAUAAUCUGUUGAGGACCUUCAUUUUUAAGAUUCAGAAGUGUUCUAAGGUUCAGACACCCAAUUAAUUAAGUGAACAAAAUUGUUGAUGGCGGUGAAACACCGUAGGGAAUGCGGUUCGGAGAGAAGAGGAGGGUGAGGGCGAGUUAUCCUGAUCUUAGUGUGUAGUGUAGGCUUAUUUAAUGGACGGGCUCCCUGCCAGUCUCAGUGGGCGCCUCAAGCUCUGUGGAUUAUUUUUCCUGUUUUGCCUUUUUUUUUUUAAAUCCGUGCUAUCCCAGAGGAAAACCAGUGAAUUACUCCUAGAUCGGCUCUUAUAGAGCGGCCAUCGUAUUCUGUCAAAACACUUGCUUCCAUUUUCAAAGAUAAAAAAAAAAAAUCAUUGGUUA